AUGACUGGUGAUGUUGAAAAUUCUAAGGAAGCAGAUGCAUCAUCUGAUGCUCAAUCGAGCUCGGCUUGGUAUAGCAGCUUACUCCAGCAAGCAUCAGUGUAUGGUAUCGCAGGGGGCUAUUGUCUCUCUGCUUCGUUACUAUUGAUCAUCAAUAAAUGGGCCGUGAUGAAGUUUCCAUACCCGGAAGCCUACUUGACAAGUGCUGCUGGAGUUGUAAUCUUUGGGCAGCUUAAGUUGCUAGAGCACGACAAGCUCGAUCUUGUCACCAUGUGGCGGUUUCUGCCUGCUGUGUUUAUAUUCUACCUGUCUCUGUUCACCAACAGCGAGCUCCUGCUUCACACCAAUGUUGACACCUUCAUUGCUUUCCGCUCGGUUGUCCCCAUAUUCAUUGCCAUUGGUGAGACCCUCUUCUUGUACCAGCCGUGGCCAGUGCUCAAGACAUGGUUUUCCCUCGCCACGAUCUUUGCUGGGAGUAUGCUGUAUGUAACAACUGAUUCUCAGUUCUCUGUGAAAGCUUAUAGGUGGGCUCUAGCGUACUUGGUGAGCAUGUCGAUUGAUUUUGUCUACAUCAAGCAUGUGGUCAUGACGAUUGGCCUCAACACAUGGGGGCUCGUGCUGUACAACAAUCUUGAGGCUUUGAUGUUAUUUCCUGUGGAGUUGCUUAUAAUGGGGGAGCUGAAGAAGAUAGAGCACGAGAUCACUGAUGAGUCGGAUUGGUACUCGUUGGGGGUGGUCUUGGCCAUACCUUCUUGGCUUUCGUUCCUGUUUGGCUUGGCCAUAUCCUUCUUUGGCUUCUCCUGUCGCAAAGCAAUAUCAGCUACGGGAUUCACUGUUCUUGGCAUUGUCAACAAACUGCUGACAGUGGUGAUAAAUCUCGUUAUCUGGGAUAAGCACUCGACUGUUGUGGGAACCAUCGGUCUCUUGAUUUGCAUGGGUGGCGGCAUAAUGUACCAGCGCUCGACUAGCGGGAAACCUAAACCCGCGUCUCGAGAAGGGGCUCAGCAGGCUGAUGAGGAACAACAGAAGCUGCUUGAAAUGCAAUGUAUUGAAGAGAAUGGUGAGGGUGGAAGAGCAGUUACACAAGUAGGAGAUAGGAAAUCAUAG